CUUUGCAAUGAUCAGUCGUCAAGGUGCCUCAGCAACUCUAUUUUCAGCAUAUUCCCCACCUAUCAGUCAAAAGGCGCAAAAUGAUCAUUGAAGACCCAUAGAUAGUACAUGUACUUCUUGAACUUGUCUGUCCCCACCCAAUGUGAGCCCUGCCACCUCUCUAGAGCUCCUGUAAACACAAAGCACACGAGCUAAAGCAGCAGUAGUACCUUACACCGCCCCAAGCUACGGAGCAAGCUAUGGAAUUGCCAGCACCCGACGUCGAGGCGUACAAGGCCGGCAACACACGGCCUGCCACGAUCAUGGUGUCUUUGAUCGCCAACAACCCACCAUCGGAAGAUGGCACAAACAACAAUCUGGCACGUGCUUUCGCCUUCGAAAUUGCCGCCGCCGUGGGAGGGGAGUAUUGCGAUCACUUGACCGAGCCCGAGCCCAUGCCCAGCAUGGCCCCUUCAGCUGCCAAGGUAGCUGCUGCCGAACACCCGGGUCUGUGCGGCGUGUACCACGCCCACAUCUUAGCUGCCGUGAAGACCCAGGACGUGCAAGCACGAUCGGGCUCAACCGCGGGGAACAAAUACCGCAACCAAGCUUGCUGUGACGGGGCGAUCACCAUGAACGCUCGAGGGAGGGGUGCAGCUCAAGAGGGCGGAGUGCUUCACGCACGCUUUGCCGUGCGUUGUGGCCUGGAAACGAGGAAUUGGAAGCCUCCGUGGUGGAGGCGUUCUCGUGCUAGAGGCGGCAGCCGUCCUCCGCAAGACCUACUACCUUGACAUGUUGGCGUGUUGCAAAAAAAUACCAUGUAGCUGUGGUGUGUUCGACGUUGUCGUGGCUGAAGGCACAAUGCUGUUAUGUCAGCAUCAAAGCGUGAUGUUGUCGUUGGUCAUCCUUUCAAUUUGGCUCGUUGUUUUUAUCGCCUCAAUAAUGGUCUCGGGAGUGCCGUGCUCCUGUGGGGUUGCCCAAAUAUUGGACCUAGGGUUGGGGGGUGCCGAGAAAUACCGCCCUGUCUUGAUUUGUGCUUGGAAUGCCCCGUCUUGAUUGGUUCUUCGAUUGGAGAACAGGAUGUUCACGGGAAAUUUGCCUACUUGAAGCCUAUGUGAUGUGUUGGAACACGCCGGCCUUCGCGUGGUUGUCUUCCCUCCCUCCGCAUGGGUGGUACCCGUCGCCAAUGUUGUGAAGGUUGCAACAGUCCCUGGUGACUACACCCCGGCCUGUAGUAGGGUACAAAGACCGAAGCACAAUUUCGAUGUCUCAGUUGUUUGUGAUUCAUUGUGUUGGGCUUUGUUUGGGAGCUAGUGCGAGCGGGAGCGAUCGGCUCCCGCUGGGGGUUGUCUUUGCCCGACAUGACGUCAGCGAUGUCUGGUGAGGGGGGGCUUUAUCUUGGGCUGUUCACGGUAUUAUCUACCUCAUUCGGGAAGCUUCCACCCUUGUUGAGGUAGUUGGCCUGUGACCACGACAGGCGCACGAGCCAGACGGAUGUUCGCCGGUACUGAGCGGAGGCUGCAGCAUCAGCGUUUUUUUUUUUUCAAUACUACAACAACCAAAAGCGCGGC